AUGGUGGCCAUAUCCAAACCUCCAUUUGAAUUGCUCUUUGUAAAACCCUGCAAAGAAAGCAACAACAACAACAAUAACAAAAACCAAUUAAAACUCUCAACUAUUCCCAUAAUUGACCUUUCGAAACCGGAAUCAAAACCCCUCUUAGUUAAAGCUUGUCAAGAUUUUGGAUUCUUUAAAGUUGUCAAUCAUGGUGUUCCAAUGAAGUUCAUUAAUAAACUCGAAUCAGAAGCCAUUAAAUUCUUCAAUUCUCCUCUUUCUAUCAAACAAAAAGCCGGGCCACCUAACCCAUUUGGAUAUGGAAACAGGCUUCUUGGUCAAAAUGGCGAUUCGGGUUGGGUUGAAUAUCUUCUUCUUAAUGCAAAACCGGAUCAAAACAACCCCACAUUACCCAUUUUCGACGCAAAACCAGAAAUAUUUCAAUGUGUGGUGAAUGAUUAUGUGACAGCAGUAAAGAAAAUGACUUGUGAUAUUCUUGAAUUAUUGGCAGAUGAUUUGAAAUUAGAGCCAAGAAAUGUGUUUAGUAAGAUGUUAAUGGAUGAACAGAGUGAUUCUGUUUUCCGGGUCAAUUACUAUCCACCAUGCCCAGAGCUUCAAGAACCCGAAAAGCUAGGAAAAAAGUUGAUUGGAUUUGGAGAACACACUGACCCACAAAUCAUUUCUGUUUUGAGAUCUAACAACACUUCUGGUCUAGAAAUCUUGUUGAAAAAUGGGACUUGGAUGUCUGUUCCUCCUGAUUCUAACUCAUUCUUUGUCAAUGUUGGUGAUUCUUUGCAGGUAAUGACAAAUGGGAGGUUCAAGAGUGUGAAACAUAGAGUAGUGGCAAGUAGCUCGAAAAGCAGGUUGUCAAUGAUCUAUUUUGGAGGACCACCAUUGAGUGAGAAAAUAGCACCAUUGCCAUCACUCCUGGAAAGUGAGGAAGCCAGCUUGUACAAAGAGUUCACUUGGUUUGAAUACAAAAAAUCCGCAUUAAAUUCUAGAUUGUCUGAUAACAGACUCGGUCUUUUUGAAAAAAACCGCGUCUUAAGUUAAUUAAAGGCGUCGAGUUUGAUUGUAGCAUUUCUG